UCUCACAAUUUCUCCACACCAAAACCAAACACACCAUAGCAUAUGUCUCAAAGGCCCAACGUUCCACACUCUUCCUCCAUAGCCUGUGGCCUCCAUUCCCAUCUCCUGGUUUCCAGUGAGAUGUCCUCUAACUCCAACUGGUCCUAUACAAUCAUCCCCCAUUAAUUUCAGUCCUUUUUCUUUUCAUUCUUUCAAAAAACACCCCUAAUUAGCUACCAAUUUCUUCAACUCUCUUUUACUCUUUCCUCAUUCUCUAAGAAAAAAACCACCACAAUGGGCCUUAAAGGUUUCGCAGAAGGAGGCAUCGCUUCCAUCAUCGCCGGUUGCUCCACCCACCCUCUAGAUCUCAUCAAGGUCCGCAUGCAGCUCCAGGGUGAAGCCAACGCUGCCCCUAAACCGGUUCAACAACUCCGACCCGCUCUCGCCUUCCAAAACGGUUCAACCAUCCACGUGGCGGCGCAUCCACAUUCUCCUCCGCCGCCGCCGAUGCCACAACCCCGCGUGGGCCCCAUUUCUGUUGGCGUCCGUCUUGUUCAACAAGAAGGCCUCCGCGCACUCUUCUCCGGCGUCUCCGCCACCGUCCUCCGUCAGAUGCUGUACUCCACCACCCGCAUGGGCCUCUACGACAUCCUCAAGCAGAAGUGGUCCAACGGCGGAAACAUGCCGCUCUCACGCAAGAUCGAGGCCGGACUCAUCGCCGGUGGAAUCGGCGCCGCUGUUGGCAACCCCGCCGACGUCGCCAUGGUGCGAAUGCAGGCCGACGGGAGGCUCCCGGCGGCGCAGCGCCGGAACUACUCAUCUGUAGUCGACGCCAUCACCAGGAUGGCGAAGCAGGAGGGAGUCACCAGCCUCUGGCGCGGUUCAUCGCUGACUGUGAACCGCGCGAUGCUGGUGACGGCGUCGCAGCUGGCGUCGUACGACCAGUUCAAGGAGAUGAUUCUGGAGAAGGGUUUGAUGCGUGACGGGCUUGGGACCCACGUGACGGCGAGUUUCGCGGCGGGGUUUGUGGCGGCGGUUGCGUCGAACCCGGUUGAUGUGAUUAAGACGAGGGUGAUGAACAUGAAGGUGGAGCCUGGGGCGGAGCCGCCGUACGCCGGCGCGUUGGACUGUGCCUUGAAGACUGUGCGUGCUGAGGGACCCAUGGCUCUCUAUAAGGGAUUCAUACCUACAAUUUCUAGGCAGGGACCCUUCACCGUGGUGCUGUUCGUGACAUUGGAACAGGUCCGCAAGAUGUUCAAGGAUUACUAGAUUGAUGAUGAUGACGAAGAAUUGAAUGAAUGUUUACUAUGUUUACUUUUCAAUAAGCUCUGCAUUUUGUUUUAGAAAAAUAUUAGUACUUAUAUUAUUAAUCAAAUUAAGGUUGUUGUUCUUA